UCGCAUAUAACAGGGGUUGUAAGAAACUCGCGUCCCACGAACUCCCAGUACUUCCCGCUCUGCUCUCUCUCUCUCUCUCUCUCUCUCUCUCAAAACAUGUCUUCAUCCUCAGCACUUUCAAGGCUGGCCAAUCUACAAAAACAUUUUCACCGCACACAGCAGGGCAGCAAGGACAACAUUGGACGAGGGCAUGUGAAGAUAGCCCCAGAAGUUUCAAAUGCGCUUUCACAUGGACGUGCAGUUGUUGCUUUGGAGUCUACAAUAAUAUCCCAUGGCAUGCCCUAUCCUCAAAAUCUGGAGACUGCAAAAGAAGUUGAGUCGAUCAUAAAGGAGAAUGGGGCAGUUCCAGCAACAAUUGCUAUUUUAGACGGUGUUCCUUGCAUUGGUCUCAGUAAUGAAGAAUUGCAGAGGUUAGCUAAUCUUGGUAAAAAAGCUCAAAAGACAGCUCGCAGGGACAUUCCACAUAUUGUUGGCAUACCUGUGUUUGUUACUGGGGGGAUUGGAGGGGUGCAUAGACAUGGAGAAAACACCAUGGAUAUAUCUUCCGAUCUCACCGAGCUUGGGAGGACACCAGUGGCAGUUAUCUCUGCUGGUGUAAAGUCAAUUUUAGAUAUUCCUAGAACCCUUGAGUACUUGGAAACUCAAGGUGUUCCAGUGGUUGCUUAUAAAGCCCAAGAAUUCCCAGCAUUUUUUACGGAAUCCAGUGGCUGCGAGGUGCCUUGUCGUCUGGAUAGUCCAGAGGAGUGUGCUCAACUCAUACAUGCAAGCAUCAAACUCAGACUAGGAGCCGGCGUUCUGAUUGGGGUGCCCAUUCCUAAAGAACAUGCAGCCUCUGGAAGUUUGAUAGAAUCUGCCAUACAAAGAGCCCUUAAAGAAGCCAGGGAUAAUAAGGUGACUGGAAAUGCUGAGACACCUUUCUUGCUUGCGAGAGUAAAUGAACUUACGGGAGGAGCUUCACUAGCUGCAAACAUCGCACUUGUAAAGAACAAUGCACUACUUGGAGCAAAGAUUGCCGUUGCUCUUGCCAACCUCAGACAAAGAAGUAAUAGCAUGUUGAUAUUGGUGGAACUGUUACUACUGGUGGUGAUGGCAGCGCCUACCUUGUAUGCCGCUUGCUAUGCAUGCCAUCAUUGUCAAGUCAAGAUGCUUUUAGCUCCACGCCUGUUGGGGGUCAUGACUUGCGGACCAUUGGUCAAUGGACCCACCAUGGACAGGGUUUGUCCCAAAAAAUACCUAGAUUGGAGGAUCCCAAUGAAUGAUAUUUGGCCCUUUAUUCUGUUAAAUUCGGACUGUUUCUGUAUUUCUUUUCUUAACCAUCUAUAUGAACUCCCCAAUCAAAGGGUUAAGAUCUUCCAGUCUAGGAGGUUUUUGUGGGAGGAAUUUGAUGAUCCUUGAGCCAAGGCUAUGAGUAGAACCCUCGAGCCUGAAGCUUGUACAAGUUGGAAGCCAUGGUUUGGUGAUCCAGACUGUUGUUAUGGUUGGCCUAAUGUGGAUCAGAGAUUCCCCAAAGUUCCCCCGUUUGAACAAUGGCAACCAUUCCAACAGUGGUUUCUAAAUAGACAGUUAAGAAGAGAGAGCAGCAAUUGUUCACAUUCAAAGGAGAGAAGUGAAGAUCGGAUGGAUCCAAGCUGCCAAUCUGGGAGAUUUUUGGGGAUUGGUCUAUCCACAUCAGGCUCAUCAGAUCAAGAGUUUGGAUUACUGAACUAUGGGCCUCACAUGUAUGAGAAUGAAAGCAUCAAGAAAUCGUACAUCUACAGACACUCCGAACUCUAUAAUUCCUCUAUAAAAGUCACAACAGCAAACUAGAGGUGUUAAUACUCACAUACAGAGGCUGAUAUCUCUAUAAUGCAAGAAACAUGUGAUCCCCACAUGCUUCGGAGGGAAAUAAUUCAUUAAAGCGUGCUGUACCAUAAUGUGGUAUGUAUCCAAUCAUGGCAUGCCUUUGGCGUCUUAAAAGCAUUUUUAAACAAAAAUGCAGCAAAAGAUCUUGAAAAGUGACUUUAUACACCACUUGCCCAUAUGUGGUUGGAUAUAUACCACAUUACAGUAGCAAGCUGUAUUGCAUCGUUUUCUCGGCAUUGAAAUAGGUUACCAUCCUUACUGGAUACUUAAAUACUGAGCUGUGUUUGGAUCCACAAAUGAAUUAAAUUACAGAAUUCAAUUUAAUAAAGAUUCAAUAAGA